AUGGAGGCGAGUUCGGGGCCUCGCCGGAGUUCCACCCCGGAGCCAGAUGGCCCAGGCGACGGAGCGGACCUCAUCAGCGGCCUCCCCGACGACGUGCUCCUCCUUGUCCUCGCCCGCCUCCCCUGCGCCGCCGCCGCCGCCCGCACGGGAGUCCUCUCCCACCGGUGGCUCGGCCUCUGGCCCAGCCUCCGCCAGAUCGUCUUCCGCGGCGUGGCCCUCCCCUCGCUCGAGGAGGCGCUCGGCCGCGUCACUCCGCCUGCGGUUUCCCUCCUCAAGAUCCGCGUCCCCAUCAAGCAGCAGCGUGGACCCGUCCCCACGGCCACGGAGCACCGGACAGACAGCGCCGGCGUCCCCAUCAACUCGCUGCUCCGCGCCGCCGCGCGGCUCGAACCGGAGAAGCUCGACUUCCGCCUCCCCGCCGGCUUAAUCGACCGUUCCCUCGCUGUCGAUCUGCCUUGCUUCCACCGCGCCACCUCUAUCGCGCUGGACCUUUCCCCCAUCACCCUGGCCCUGCCGGCCGGCGCCGAUUUCCCCGCACUUGAGACGCUGUCCCUGGUGCGUUGCAGUACCGACCUCGACGCCUUGCUCUCCUGCUGCCCGCGCGUGCGCACGCUCCACCUCAGCACGGCCCGCGACAUUAGGGUCAACUCGCCGUCGCUCCAGGAGCUUGUCGUCUGCUGUGAGACCAGUGUGACACGACAUGUCGACAUCGUUGCUCCCGCUCUUAAGCAGUUGGCCAUCUCAUUGACGGCGGUGGACCUCAGCAUCUCCGUCUUGGCACCAAUGGUGGAGAAGGUCUCGUGGCACUGCCUAUACUUGGGACCGCGUAUUGUGUUUGGUGUUUGGAGCCUCAACAAGGUGCAGCUACAGUCGGCGGAGAUACAAGGAGAGCCAUCGUCGCUGUGCAUUUAUGCCUGUGCGUACUCUGGCUUCUUUCGCGCUCAGGAGAGCCACUUUAAGCAGGAGAUCGAGAAACAUAUGGUUGCUGCUUUCUCUGGUUUAGAGCUUCAUCUCACAUCGACGAGGCAUGCUUUUGGAGCAUUGGUGUUUCAUCUUCUUGGAAUGAAUCGAAUCCGUACUGCUAUGCGGAGGCUUAAGGUCGUCCUACAGAGAUCAGCGUUGAAAGAAGUAUGCCUGCCAUACUGUCCUUGUGAGUCGAACUGGAGGUCCCAGACUAUAUCCUUGGAUGCUCUCGAAGAAGUGGAGUUCAAUGGAUUCGACGGAGCGGAUCAUGAGUUUGAUUUAUUGGAAUUGGUACUUGGAUGUGCACCGACACUGAAAAGAAUGAUUGUCAAGCUAUCCGAGGAGACCUCGGCAAGUAAUGAUGGAUGCGCAAAGAUAGACAACAUCUUCAAGGCAUGGUCCUCUGUGGAAUGUGAUGUUUAUCACAGCUCUGGGUUAAUGCACAGCAGCCAAAAUUGCCCGUCAACAUGAUUCUCAUCCUUGGGUCUCUUGAUCCUGUGGUGCGCAUUGACAAGAUCAUCCUAAGUCUGUGGAUUCAUGGUGCACAUUGACAAGGUCUCAGGACUUUGCUUGGUUGCUUCAACUGAUCAUCUGGCGUGUUCUUUUGCCGGUGUACUGUACUGGUUAUAUAUAAGGUGCUCAGUUGUAUCUAUUGUGGUUCCUAUGCUGUUUGACUAUUGAAUUAAUGCACUCUACCUAUGUUGUGAGUCAAUUACUCGAAGCCGACUAUCAUGUUAAGCCGAUGGUUUCAGUUCCCAUUUUGCGC